AUGAACAGGGCCGCAAUUGCCAUCUCCCUACUGGCGGAGGUUGACCUGCUGUGCGAGCAGCACGACGACUGCCGCGUGAAGUUGGACACGCUCCUGCAGCUGUUGUCGUCGCGGCAGCCCAGCGCAGUGCAGGCCCUCGACUUCAGCCCUGAAGCCGCCGGGGUCUUGACUCCUAAGACCACCAACAAGCCUUGCCAGGACGCUGUGCCUCUAGCCUGCGGCUUCACCAUGAAGAAAAUCAGCCGCAAGCAUGGCUCUAGGGGCGAAAAAGAGAACUCAUUUGUAGAUGCCCUCUCAGACUCUGUGUCCAAUAUGCGCAUAGAAGCCAUGAGACAGGCUGGGCCUAGAGACGAUGUCGCAUCUCCGUGUGUUGACAGCAGCAAUGACGACUUUGUUAUUUCUGACGCUCAAAACAAAAUUGGCUCGCAUUGGCUUGCUAUCAAGUCACGCCUCAAGUUUCUUAGUCAAGCAAGCACUAAGUUGGGCCGCUACAAACUUGAUACUGAGAAGUCUACCUGCCCAGGAUCACCGUCUCUUGAACACAGAGAAACUGCCCUAAAGUUGCCGCUCUGGUCAAGUCCUGCGAACAACAACAGUGAACAUGAAGCCAAUAGAGAAGAAGAAGACGUGUCGAGCAAUAGUUUGCUGCAGGCCUACUUCCCCGGGCUGUGCGAGGUCUACCUCAGCGUGGGGGCUAUGCUAGCCAGCCUACACAGACUAGGCUCUCGGUGGCAGGCGGCUCAGGACACCAUUGACACUGUCUGCCGUGCUCAUGACGUGAUGCAGCAGACAGCGCAGCAGCAGUGCCGGCACAUUUACGACGUGUUGGGGUCUGCUGGCUACACUCCUGCCGACGCCCAGCGAUGUGGCGUGUACGCCACCAACACCUUACUUGUGGGUUGGUGCAGCGUGCAACAGUCUGCCGUGCAGCUACUGGUCGCCCGUGAUCGCUGGACAGAAGCAUCGCAGCUCUGCAACUCUGCCAUCGAAUCUGCAACAGCUCUGCCUGUAGAGAGCGUGCAGCGGCACCACUGCCACCUGUUGCCCCUACUGCAGCAGGCGCGUCACCUCGUCAACGCCUGCAACUACCUGGCCAACAGGACCAGAGGGGGAAGUCCAUCUCUGCGGAUUCCCCUGGGGAGCCCCGUGCCGUGCCCCACGGUGGGGGUGAUCACGCCCCGCCAGUCCCCCACCCGCUCCUCGGACCCUCCUCCUCUCCAUCGUGGGCCUCUGAACUACCCACGGUCCCCCAGACGCAGGCACAUGUCCUCCGACUCUGAUGAAGACACUGUAAGCCUCAGCAACCUGAGUAACGAAACAGCGCCUCUACAAUUAAAAAAUAAGCUGAAUAACUUGUCACAUGCAGAUGAUGAACCCAAAGUCCGGGGUCGAAGUUACAGGAAAAAUGAUAUAAAAGCUUAUGGGAGUCGUGCAGAGAAAAGCUUUGAUGCUAGUAAGGGAUCUCAAGCGUCUGUAGGCAAGAGAAAACUCAUCCCACCUAAAAUUAUUGUCAUACCAGAAUCACUUGAAACAAAUCCCUCUGUGGCAUCAUGCGAGAAAGACAAAGAAAUGGAAGAUUGCAAAUUUAAUCUCUUGUCUGCAAAGCAGAAAAUUUAUAACUUGUGUUUUAGUGACAAAAGUAGUGAUAAAAGUGAUGGUGUUUCUUCUGAAGAAGCGUCAUUACUUCCUCUGAACGAUGCUAAUGUAAAAAAAUCUAGCUUACGUCUCCUUCGUGCCAAUGCCGGCAGUGCUGCAAACUGUCCCACGACUAAAACAAACGAAAUGAAAAAGAACAAGUUGACCACCAAGAAGAUUCCCGACUCUAAUUCCUGUGUCCAGCCACGUAGAACUAGAGCAAAAAAUAAAGACGGUUCUGACGUAGAAAAUAUAAGUGAGAAGAAAGUGGUGGCCAAAAGAGCGCCUAGAAGCACCGCUGAGACGACGAGAGAUGAGAGAUCAGAGGCCGCCACUGCCAGGAGAACUAGAACUGCAAUGCGCCAAGUGGUCAGCUGA